AUGACGAGCCCCGUCAAGCGCCUCAUCCAGCGCCUCCAGCGCCUGCGAAAGCCCAAGGUCCAGGAACAGGGCCAAUCCAAGCCUCCUGUCCCGGCUAACCGCCCCCAGCAAGCUCAACAACCAAUCCGCGCCACCGCAGACACCCUGAGCAUUGACUUGGUGAACAACACCGACUCCAGCACCGUCUACGCCUACAUCACCGGCCAAGCCAUCGACAACGACAACGCCCUGUUCAUCCUGAAGGCUGACGGCGCCACCGCCUAUUACCCAACCUCGCCCUCCAAGGAAGGCGCCGAUCUCUCAGACGAUGCCUCGAUUCCGCUGGGUGCGCCAGGAUCGACCAAAACCGUCACCAUCCCCCAUCUUGCCGGUGCUCGCAUCUGGUUCUGCAUUGACGACAAGCUCACCUUCCUCCUGAACCCCGGACCUGCUCUGGUCACCCCGUCCGUGACCAAUAACUCUGACCCCAACAUCAACAAGAAGUGGGACUUCUGCGAAUUCACCUGGAACAGCGCUCAACUCUAUGCCAACAUCACCUACGUCGACUUCGUCAGUGUUUCGGUGGGCCUGAAGCUCACCAACACUGCGGGAGCCACCCAGUCGGUGACUGGAAUGGCCGAAGACGGUCUCGAUACCGUUUGCUCUGCUCUCACGACGCAGACCAGUUCCGACGGUGCGCCGUGGUCCAGUCUGAUUGUCAAGGACUCCAGCGGUGCCAAUCUUCGGGCCCUCUCCCCGAACAACGGCGCAGUCACGGGCAACGACUUCGGCACCUACUUCCAGGACUAUGUCGACCGAGUCUGGACCAAAUACGCCUCGGAAUCUCUGAGUGUCAACACGCAGGCGUCGUAUGGUACCGUCACAGGCAAAAUCACGGACAACCAGUUUGUCUUUGAUACCGAGACCUUCAGCCAGCCCUCAAGCGCCGACAUCUUCUCCUGCAGCACCGGGCCCUUUGCCAAUGCUUCUGGAAGCCAGCUUCGCAAUGCCAUUAUCCCGCGCCUGGCAGCUGCCUUCAACCGUAGCACUCUGUUGGUUGAUACCACCACACCGGCCACCAGCGUGGACGAGUACUACACCGACUCCAUCACCAACCAUUAUUCGAGGAUUGUGCAUGAAGCGAAUACAGACAAAAGGGGAUAUAGCUUCCCUUAUGAUGACGUAGCUCCCGACAAUGGCGUGGAUCAGUCGGGAAGUGUGUUCGAUGGGGCGCCGCAGGUCUUGACCGUCUACAUUGGGGGCAGUUCGACCUAG